AUGGCUUCCUCGUCAGCGACCGUCGAGGUGUUUGAGGACGUUGGGUCCAGUGACAGGACCGACCAGGAGCUCGAGCUCCAGCUCCAACUCGAAACCGAAACCGCGGCCCCAGCCGCACCAGGUGCUGACCUCCACAGCAGCGACGCCAAUCCUGUCGCUCCUGUCGCUCCUGCCGCUCCUGCGCCCGCGCCCGCGCACUCGCCCGCGCAGCCCAGCGACCGUGACAGCGACGGCCAUAACGAAGAAGAGCACGAGGUCGCGCACGACGAGCAAUUGACAUCGACCGCAGACACUCGCCAGAAGCAGCCAUCAUCCGGGUCUGCAGUGCACGCCCACCGCGUCAAUCACAAUUCGUCCAAAUUGCCUGCAUUCCGUCUGAGCGACCGGGCCCGGUCCUUGCUGCCACUACCCGGUUUGCUACAGCGGGACAGCAAGCAACAUCCCCCCUCAUCUGCAGGGUUGUCCGAGUCCCCACAGCACCAGGACGACCGCCAAAAGGUCACAAAUCCAGCGCCAGAGCCAGAAAAUAGGCCUGGCACUAAUGCUGCUGCUGACGAUAACGCUGAUGCACAACACCUCCAACACCACCAGAAUCACCACCUGCAUCGCCCUGUGACCGUGUCCGCGCCCGCGUCCGAACCCCAUCCUCCUUCAACCCAGCAGCCGCCUCCGAGCACGCCCCAUUCACCCGUGACCCCGAGACAAAAACACAGCCCGGCACGAUCACGGGCUAGUACCUAUCAGACGGCCUCAACAUCCGCCCCUUUCACUCCAACUGCCGCUUCCAAGCGACCCGCUCCAUUUCCAGUCGACAGCAGUCCUGGCGACGCCCUCGCUUUUCAAUCGCCCACCGACGAAUCCCCUUCAUUCUGGACACCAGAAACGCGACCGCCCACACAGCCGCUCAACGCCACCCCCGGAUCAAUCAGCGCCGCCUCCCCGCACGCAAGUCAUCAUUCACAAGGCAUACACACCCCAGAAUCCACAACAAAGAAGUGGGCUCAGGGACAGCGAGCCCUCGCAUCACCGGCGGCAGUCAACGGCGACAAGCUCCAUGACAGCCAGGCCGAGCGGCGAACAUCUACGUCACGACCACCAGUGUCAUACAAACCCUUCCGCUCUUCCUCAAACCCUAGCCGGCCUGUCAUCCCUCCUAUCCGCUCGUUUCGCUCGUCAGGCUCGCGCAAGAGCCUCCAGCUAGACAUGCACAAUUCUUCCUACCGCUCUUACGAUGAUGGCCACGACUUCAAGGACUCGAACCACAGGGACCAGUCGCUACGGGCGCUUGAAGGCCGGAACAGCGGCGAAUGGACAAGAGACAUGUCGGCUGCAGAUGCAGACGACGAGGUCACUGCGACCAUUGAAAGCGAGAGCACGGCCGAUAUCUUCAUGAGAAUAGCGCACGAAGACCCCCCCUCAUCAUCCUCGCGUACAAGAAAUGACGGUCGCGAUGAGGAUGAUCGGGCCAGCACAGUGUCUCGGGUCGUGCGAUCCGCGCGUCAAAGACCGCUGUCUACCGUCAUCCCUUCUUCAUUCCAGAACCCUACAUCACCCCCUCGGGUUCCACGGCGCCUCUCGGACCAGCAAGACAGGGCGUCCCGCGUGAGGCGAACGACGGAGGACCAGCCGGCACAGCACACCGAAAGGGAAGUGCCUUACCGAGGUAGCACGACCGAGAGGCCCUCCCUGAGCCUCGAUGCCACCCGAGCUCGGUCUACAGUGUCGUCCUUGAGACCGUCGCCAAUAACCCCUCGGACAUACGGUGGUCUGGACAACACCGCUGAGGGCAACUCCAUAUUUGCUCGGCGACCGGCGACGUCUGAACAUCCUCGGAAAUCGUCUCACAGGCAACCGAGCGGCCUGUCCAAAUCAUUCCAAUCCUCCCCUCUUGUCCCAAAGAUCUGGGAUGAGCUCGACGAGUUGAAGUCCCGCAUCCACCGGCUGGAGUUGACCGGAAAGUUGCCGAAGACAUCUGGCGCCGCCAUGUCGAGAGCAUCCGACGAAAGGCCUCCUACGGCGGGGACUGGCGCGACUACAGUGUCUGGCUCACCAAAGCGCGCUUCCGCAAACGGUGCUGCGCAGACGGAAAUACUGAGCAUCACCUCUUCGCACCGGGAUGCGCAACCAAUCUUGAAAUCAGCUCUUUCCAAGACAAAGCCAUUUGUAAAUUCCGACAUAUAUAACGCCGUUGAGGCAGCUGCCAACGAUGCGAUGUCUCUGUCUCAGAUGAUGGGUAUUGUGGGACAGCCAGGGCCAAUUUCGAGCGGCGCAAGCACUAUUGGAGGAAGCGGCCAGGCUACCGUCACAGACAGGCUCCUGCGGAAGAAAGUCGACAGCAUGUGCCGGAAUCUCACCGAGCUGUGCCUGGCUUUGACGGAUGAGGGCAGCCAGCGGAAGGCCGCAACUCAGCAACCAAAGCCGGAAUCACGGGAAACAGUAAAGCCGAAGGAGCAGGAGCAGCUGAGCAGCCCGCCGCCCAUCAAAGUCUUUACUGGCGCACCGCGGCGGGAGACUUCCAAGCCCGACGAGCCUGUUCCGAGUGUUGAGAGUAGCGUCAGCCCUCGCGUGACUAGGCUGGAGAAGCGGGCCACCUUCAACUUCACGGCUCCAUCGGUUCCAAGCCCCAGGUACGCACCAAGCGCUUUGGGUGGCGAGGCCACAACCCCCGGGCGAAAGUCAUCUCUUGUCGUGGCGCGAACCCGACGGGGCGUGACAGAAGAGCCCGAUGACCAAGGCAGGAAGACGUCGCUUCUACGGACCCGGCGCGCGGGCACAGAUGAGCCCGAAGAAGGGCGCAAGACCUCUUUCCUGCUUCCCCCGCGCCGCGUCACCACGAUUGCUCGCGGCAGUAACAUUGAUGAGGAGCAAGACUCUCGUUUCAGGGCACCAUCGAGGGCCAUUACAGAAGUCGCCGGCUUGAGGGUCGAUGUACCCUCGCGAGACCGAGAAGAUGUAACGCGAGGCUCUUUUCAGAUGCAGGAGCCGACAUCCGCCAGCUCAGCCUUGCCCCGGCGUCGGUUGAUCACCUCAAACCUGCCCUCUGCAAGUGCUGCAUCAUCUCGUUUUGCGACCCCUACAACUCCCAGCUCCCGUCGGUUCCUGGGGGCUGAUAGGUUCGGUCAGGAGAGAGGUGACAGGUUCGACAGGGCGGACAACAACAAUGUCACAGAGAGACUGGCCGAGGAGCGAGGACAGCGACAGUACUCGUAA